AGGAAGUCUGACAGCUUGAGUCUGCAGUGGGACCCCUAGUGUUUUCCCCGCUCCAUGCCCUGGCCGCGUUCCCCGCAAGUACAAACACACACACACAGAGCUCCCAUUGUUGCAGCCUUCCCCAGCCCACUGAGCCUAAUAUGGAAUGCAGCAGGAAACCCAUGAUUUCCUGAUACUCCGCAAGCUGGAGGAAGCAAGGGGAAAACUCCAUUAAAAAGCCCAGCUUUCCUCCAUGUUAGAUGUAAAGUGGAAAAGGGGGGGGGGGGUAGAUUAGCAGAACUGAAGCCGUCUGGAAGAGCACAGCGAAACCCUCGGGCUGUUGAAAUUUCUAGACUGCCAGGAAGCCCCUAGAAUUCAGAGAAAAUGAGGGUUUCUUAACUCAAACUGUAGGGAAAGGGGACACGUGCUUUUAAUCGUUCUCCCCAACGUGCGCCACCUUUCUUGGCCAGUAUGGUAAGCACGAGGGCAGGUGCCAGCCGCCUGGGACAGGUCUGUGGAAUCCAAGGCAACCUAAGGAAGGCAGCGUGAUCUGGAGCCUGCCACUCGCUUCCCGCGCUCCAUGGGCUCUGGGAGAGGCAGGAGAAGGAACAGCAGCUGCAGGGUCACAGCAGCUGGAGCCGCCAGGAUGAACUGCGAGGAGGGAGAUGACAGCGGCUGCGGCUGCAGGAGCACGGAGGAGAAGAAGAUGUUGAAGUGCGUGGUGGUGGGCGACGGCGCCGUGGGGAAGACCUGCCUGCUCAUGAGCUACGCCAACGACGCCUUCCCAGAGGAAUAUGUGCCCACUGUGUUCGACCACUAUGCAGUGACUGUGACAGUGGGAGGCAAGCAACAUUUGCUCGGACUGUAUGACACGGCAGGACAGGAGGACUACAACCAGCUGAGGCCGCUCUCCUACCCCAACACAGAUGUGUUUUUGAUCUGCUUCUCUGUCGUAAAUCCUGCCUCUUACCACAACGUCCAGGAGGAAUGGGUCCCGGAGCUGAAGGACUGCAUGCCUCACGUGCCUUACGUCCUCAUAGGGACCCAGAUUGAUCUCCGCGAUGACCCCAAAACCUUGGCCCGUUUGCUGUAUAUGAAAGAGAAACCUCUCACUUACGAGCACGGUGUGAAGCUUGCGAAAGCGAUUGGAGCGCAGUGCUACCUGGAGUGCUCGGCCCUAACUCAGAAAGGUCUCAAAGCAGUUUUUGAUGAAGCAAUCCUCACCAUUUUCCACCCCAAGAAAAAGAAGAAACACUGCUGCGAGUGUCACAGCUGCUGUUCAGUUCUCUGAGGCUGCUGGGGACCAGCCUCCACCCGCAUCCAAGGGUGAGACCAAGCUCAAACCACGAAGGAAGGCACGACCAGAGAGGAAGUCCCUUCGCAAGCACGAAGGCUUGCCCUUGCACGCCAGGAAGACCCCCCCCCACACACACACCGCCCUCCAGGAGCACAGCAGCACACCCGUCAGCCACCUGCCCGUCCUCUCUACCAGCCAGAAGCAUCCAAAUCGGAGAAUGCGGAGCCCGGAUUUCAGCCAGUGCCGCUGCUGACCAUGCUGAAAACAAAGGCAAAGACCAUGUUGCAUUUUGCAUCCCCCCCCACCCCCACCCAUGAACGUGAAGCUGAUGGAAAAUCAUCACCAAAAAAAAAAAAAAAAAAAAGGAACUUGGUUCCUAUAUUAGUGGCCUUACCCGGUGUCUUCUACAAAACACGGGAAUACCAUACUAACCCUCCCUCCUGAAUCUGUUGUUCCCCCUAUGUGUCUUGCAUUUAUUUGUAUUGUUCUAAGAAGUUUACUAAUAUACCAAUUUACUCAGGCCUUACAAAUCCAUACCAAGUUAGCCUAAAGACAAUGUAUUUUAUAUGCAUUUCCAUAUUCAGCCUGUUUCUACCAAAGCUAUUAGAACCAAUAUGUACCUCUGAAUGCCUGCCUGACUGUAAGAAGAAAACAAGAAAAUGUUUAAACUUCUGGAAAUUUACAAAGCCAAGAUUUUUGAACCCGGUUGAAUUGUUGUGGGUCCACAUUUUUGCCAAAGAUUCACCCUGGAAAUGCUUUUGCUGAUGAGUAGCGUUAUUUUUUUUUUCCAUAUUUAUAUUGUGGCAAGCUACAAAUGAACUGUGUUUAAGAAAGUAGUUUCUCUGCUUUUCAAUCAAACUGACCGGGGGGGAAUAUACAGACCUUUUAAAAAUCUUUUAAAAUAUUCUUUAUUCAGCAAAGUGAACUUUCCUGCUCCCUCCCUUCCCCACGGCAGACCUGUUUCCUCCCUUGAAUUCACACUUACUCCCAUGCCCAAUGAUAACCUGAUCUAAAAGAAAGACCUGGCCACAGGGCACGAAAAAGCAAAUGUUUAAAAGUCUCCAAAGGUUAAGCAAAGUGCCUCAAUUUUUUCACUUGCAUCAACCCGAAGUGCUUCUCAGCUUACCCCAUGCACGCUCCCAGUUCUAUUUAAACGACAUUUUCCAAGUACAGCUGGUACUAAAAUAUUGCCUCUCCCUAUUUCCUACACUCAUUAUCCCAAAUGUAUAUUUAGGGGAUGGAUCUGUGUAUACUCAGCUCUGGAUCUGUUUAUCCCCUGCUUCCAAAAUGAUGUGCUCUGUAGAACAGGAAUUUCGGUCUUGGGAAGUAAAAGCCCCCAGAAAGUAAUUAUGUGCCCUUUCUAUAUGCUUCUUCCAAACAUCCUAGGAUUCUUGUUUCACAGAGUGAGUUUUUUCCUAGCUUUUAAUUAGAGACUAUAAAGUCUCCUAAUUAGUCUUAUUUGCUUACAAUUACCCUGGAAACACCCAGGUAGGCACUUUACUUUUUAUUUCAAUUGCAUAAGCCAAGUGCCUCUUUGCAACAUCAAAUGACACCAAUUUCAGCAGAAGAAUCUCUGCAUUCACACUCCUUCUGUUGGAAAAAUCCAGUCUUUCUAGUCCCUUCUGCUCUUGGAGGAAGCACAUAAAAAAGAAGCAUAUGAUGUAGGUCUUUUCCGUUAGGACUUUCCAUGACACCCCCUCAGUUGUUUAGGUUUUGUUUGUUUGUUUGUUUAGAAUUUCUGAAAUGUGUUUCCCUUCUUCCACAUUGCAAGUUCUAUUUCUCUUCCCUCCCAUCUAGUUGCUAAACGUUUUCUUAAACACACACACACACACACACACCCCAAACUGAAAGAAAACGGGAGUUUUGUAAGUCAAAGCUUGACAGAGAAGACAAGGACUUUCUGCCUCUGUAAAUGAAAACCAACUGUGCAUAAACUAUAACCCUCCAGAGGUUAUGGAUUCAUUCUUUACAAACAACAAUGAGCAUUUAGUCCUGUAAUAAAUGAAGUGCUGUUAGCCACUUUUGUUGCAUGAUUGCAUAGUUACAUCUUGCUAAGGGGCCACUCCUCACUUCUCAUUGAUGUGGAUGAAAAAUCCAAUGCUGUAUAUUUGCUCCACCAAGGAGGAUUUUCCAGAUGUGUGCAUUCAACAGGCAAAUGGUUGCCCAAGCCAUCAUCUCCCUACUGGAACACAGAGAUUAACUUGUCCACAGUGGGAAGAUCAUUCUCUCCUCUAGAACAAGAACCCGGAGAGAGACCGUUAGUGUCUGGGUGGAGAGGCUCCAGCCCUUAGGUGCUUAGGAGCUAAUUAUUAAAUAAAAUAACAAAGAACAAAGCAACCUAAAUGAGUUAAUGUCAUUCCACCAAAUUAACCAUGUAUUCCCUGUUUCAAGGCAAAAGGUAGUUCACUGAAAAGUGUUUCGUGCCUUAAGAUUAAACAAAACUAUAUCCUGACGCCAAAGAUAAGAAGACAUCUGAAAGAAGGAUCUGAAGAAGGAUCCUUUAACGGUCUACACAAUCUUCCAAAGUCAAGAAGGGGCAGCCGAUCUCCAUUGGAGGGUAAAGUCUUAGCUUUUCAGACUAAAAGAGACCCCAGAAAAUAUAGUCCAACCCCCUCAUUGUACAGAUGAGGAAACUCAAGUCCAGAUGGGUCAAAAGAGGUAUGUUAUGGCAGAGCUGGAACAGACCUCAGCUAUUCUGCUUCCCAGGUGAGUAUGCUUACCUCACACUACAGUUGAUUCAUAAUCACAGAUGUUAAGUUGUAGUUUUGCAGGUGUAUUACCAGAGUUGCAUCUGUUUACUCUAUAGACGUUAGCCACAUGUCAAAUGCAUAACUUAGGCCCUAUAAAUUAGAUAAUCUGUCACACUAGUAAUAACCUAGAGACAAGAGUUUGAUCUACAGUAUGCUUGGAAUCCACAGUAUACAAUAUACUGUAUCCCAAUUUAACUGCACAGUAUACAACAAUGUAAUCUCAAUCUAAUGGCUUAACCAAGUAGCUAGUUUGGUAGAUAUUUUUUUCAAUCAGAUGGUUGGUUACUUGGUAGAAUUAAUGGACUCCUUGGGCUAUUUUGGAAACACACAGGAUACACGCAAGUCAAAGGCAUGUCACAGUAAGUAAUCUGGGCUGAUUUCUGCCAAGAAAAGUUAUACUCAAAGAAGAAUUACUGAAUGCAAUAACUACAGCAACCCUAAACCAGGAAACUCUAAACUGGGAAAUCCAAAAAAUAACUCAUAUACAUAUGACAGGAAGGAAAUUUUGGUCCUGAGACUCCAAUAACAAUAUGUCUGAUCAUGGUGCAAAGAACCACUUGGAAGAUCUCUAGUCUGUAAGAGAAAUGCCAGGUAAAGUGGAUAUAACCAUACGCAAUUGCCAUAGAACCAUCAAUAAGGAAAUAAUAUUUAAAUGGUAGUAAAGAAGUAAUCACAACCAUGCUCACAAUUUUAGGAGAAAUUAAAGAAAGUUAAACCCAAAACUUGAGGCCAACAAAAAUGUUAUUAUUUAGAGUAUAGAUUCUUGUGAGCAAUAACCUCGCAAAGUAGAGAGUCUUCAGAAAAACAAUAUCGGACUUGAGGUAAACCUUUAAAGAUGCAGUAUUGGGGCACCUGGGUGGCUCAGUCAGUUCUCUCUCUUCCCUCUCUCUCUCUCUGAAGAGUUCUCUCACCUCCCCUCCUCAAAAUAAAUUAGCAUUAUAAAGAUGCAGUAUUGCAUUCACAAAGGCAAACUCAUCCUGGAGACCAAAGUGAUGGAAAAUUAGAAAUUGAGGUUUUGCUUUAAAGGAAUGUUUAAAUGGACACCAUGCUGGAGAUGAUUACCUAGCCAUUUAUGUCUUCAGCCCCUAUGAUCAGAUGCCAGAAUGCAAAAUGUGCAUUCUCUCUCAAAGGUGAGGGCCACAGGUCACCAGAUAUUCUCUUAAGAGUCAUUGAAUAGGCUGCCCAAGUACACAUAAGGAAACUCAACAAAAUAUUUUCAUUUCCACAACUGUUAGAAACAGAAAAGGAAAAAGAAGAUGGGGAAACCAAGUUUCUUACAAAGGAAGUUAGGUCCUUUUAAAAAGGAAACAUUUAGAGAAUGGAGAGAAAACUAAAAGUAAACACAAGGCAAAGACACACAACCUGACGAUUCUCCCAGAGAGUGGAAAACUUCUGCCCGGGGCCUCCAGAGGCCUAGGGAAGAAAGGAGGCCUGUUCGUGUGAAGAGCGUUCCAGAGUCAGCCAACAGGGUUAAUCAUAUGAUAAUUCUAGAUAAUUCCACCUCACCAUUCAUGAAAAAUGAUGAAAUUCUGGCCAAUGCUCUUUGGGUCCUCAGUAGGAAUGCGGGCAGGUCAUCACGGUUGUCCAUCCUCAAGCAGACAGUCAAGGGAAACUUACCGAGGAAUACGAGUGAAGAAAUUAUCUUGAAAGUUUCUGAAGCACUAACAUGACGUAAAACCUGAAAAGGGUGACUUAAUGAUAUCUGGAAAGACAGUUACUGGUAGGAAUGCCAUUUAUUCAUCUUCAGUGGAAUAUCUCCGAAUGGAACAAUGGCAUUUGACAUGCAAAAUGACAAUAACGUAACACAAACACAUGAGAUAAGCAACAAUUCAUGGUGCCUCCGUGGUCAACAAAGCCGAGAAAUGAGAUGAAAUGCCGAGCUCUAGACAGAGGUACUUCAGGCAUCAGAGGCUGGGUGGUGUUCACUGCAGAUCCAUGUGGGUUAGGGGAGGAAUAGGUCAAGGAGGGUUUGGCUCAUCUGUGAAUUCGGGGAUGCAAGUUCAGCAACAGUUCUUGGCUUUGUUUUCUUAAAUGUUUAGUUAUUUUUGAGAGAGAGAGAGAGAAAUAGCACAAGCGAGGGAGGGGCAGAGAGAGGAGGACAGAGGAUCCGAAGGGGGUUCCAUUCUGACGGCAAAGAGCCUGAUGCGGGGGCUCGAACGCACAAACCUCAAGAUCAUGACCUGAGCUGAAGUCAGAUGCUUAGCCAACUAAGCCACCCAGGCACCCCUAGUUCUUGGCUUUUAACUUCCAUGACAGGAGAUUAAAAUAAAAGCUACAUGAUUAAUUUUGGUCACAA